AUGGCGACGUCGACCGUUGCCCGCGCUACGAAGAUGGCUUCUACCUUAAUACUGUCCGCAUUAGCCCUCACCUCCCUCCCGUUCGCCGCAGCCGAAGAUGCGAGAAUCAAAUCCGAGGUCGAUGUUCCCGAUUGGGUCAGCAACUCCGCCAUGGUCAUGAGGUUAUCGACUUUUGGCGGCGGCGAGCUCACCCCAUACCAGUACACAGUCGUUCCUUUGACUGCGACGAGGGGUCUCAACAAGACUGACGACGAGAGAGGAACCAUCUUAAUCGAGGGACAUAUGAUACUUGUUGAUUCGAGCAAUUAUCAGCAGAUUAAAGACGACCCGAUCGAAGAGAUUGCCUACCUGUCCUGCGACCAACCGAGCAGCGAUACCAGUCCUACCCCAAACGAAAUUAUCAAUACCGUCAUGGCCACCAACCCUCUCGCCAUAGUCCUUUACACCCUCGCCGGCAAUAUCUGUUCCCUCGAGGGAGAUGGUUUGGCAUAUGAAAGCGUCUUCUCCAUCCUUGACUCGGGCGAGGCUGAACAAACACUGGCGUUCCUCAACGGCACGACGGAGGAAGAUAACGUUCAAGUUAGCAUCUCUGGCAACACUACGCAAGAUAUACCCAACGCCGAGGGCGACGAUGGAGGAAACAACUCUGCUGUCGCCAUGAGCGUGCUUUACAGUAUCACAGGCCUAGUGACUGUGCUUUUCCUCGUCAUUAUAGCCACCGGAACCAUUCGUGCUCAUCGAUACCCUGAAAGAUAUGGUCCCAGAGGCGGGUACGAAGGCCGCCCGCGCCAGAGUCGCGCAAAGGGGAUUGCCCGAGCAGUGCUCGAUACACUUCCAAUCAUCAAGUUUGGCGGCCCACCGCCAGGUAAACCUGAUCCGGACCUGGAGUUCCAAACUCGCAGUCGGGAUUCUCCGAGCACUCCUCGAUCUCCGUCUCCAGCGGCCUUGCAGGUCUCGAUGCCCGCGACGACGAUAGCGACGCCACCCCCCGCCGCUGCGGCCAACACCGUGCCCGCGCCGAAGAACACGACAACGACGAGGAGUCCCGCCUCCUCUACCACUAUGGCUCAGACCAGCACCAAUGAAAAUGAACACCUGGGCUGCUCCAUCUGUACUGAUGACUUUGCCGUUGGAGAGGACGUGCGGGUUCUGCCGUGCAACCAUAAGUUCCACCCAGCAUGUAUCGAUCCUUGGUUGAUGAAUGUGUCCGGAACCUGUCCUCUUUGCCGUCUCGAUUUGCGUCCCCCUGGCGAGAAAGAGGACGGUGUCCAAGUCGAUGAGACCCAGAUGCCCCCACCCCUCGACCUUGACGAUUCGGACAACGACGCGGCUUCGGCAACCCAACGAAGCAGAGCCUCGAGGUUCUUCGACUUGACUAGACUCGGCCACGCUUCGCCCGAGGAGCGAAUUCAGGCCCUUCGGCAGUUCCGCCAUUCUCAGGUACAUCCUUCCUCAACGACAGGAAGUGAGACGGCAGAUCGUGGUCGCCGGAGUAGGCUGGCCGAUAAGUUGCGAGACAAGUUCCGCAUUCGAACACGGCCACAGUCGCCUGACAAUCGAGAGUGA